UAGUUCAGUCUUAAAUCUGAUUAAGUAUACGAAGCAGUAUCGUUCACGAGUAUUUAUUGAAUUGAAAGUUUGUGAAUAAUAAUUUGUAAAGAGCAUGACAGAAGUCUUAGAAUCUGUAGUGGAUAAUCAAACACGUUUUCCUACAAGCAAAUUUGAGGAAACUUCUUCUCUUAUGAUGGAUGUUCAAACAACUUGGCAAGAAGUUGAGAACUUACUGUAUCAUGAUAACUCAUCAUAUGAGAGCAGCAUGGCACAAAUGAUGACAGAACAGAUGCGAGGUAGUCCCAUGUCUUCAGAUAUUUCCUCCCCCGGAUACCAAAGUGUUUCAUCCCCUGCCGGCAGCAUGUCUCCAGGAGGCCACAGCACCGGGACCAUGUCUCCACCAUUACCCGUGUACAUGAGCCCAGUAAAACAUAAUAACAAUAACAGUCAACAAAUUAAUAUGAACCUGAAUCAAUCAGAGCAGCUCACUUCAUCUCAAAAUGUUUUGGAUAAAUUCGAUGAAUUGUUAGACCUGGACUUUAUUUUAAACAAUUCCGCUGAAACGAACUUUUAUCCUGAAGAUUGUGGUUUAAAAAUUAAACAAGAACCUGGUAGCAUGUUACCCGAUUUCCAUUCCACGUUUCUAGAUAUUCCUGAUAUUAAAUUAGAUGUUGGUGUAGUGAUGGAUAGAAACGGAAAAGUAGACAUUAUUAGCACAAUGAACAAAAUGGCUCAACAGCAACAACCCCAGCCUCAGCAACAGCCACAAAAUGUUGAUUACAAACAAGUAGUGCCUAAACAGGAAUUUCCUCUUAGCAAUAAUUCAUGUUCAACUUAUUCAGGAACUGUAACUCUCAUCCCAGCCAAUACCAAUCACCAAAUGCCUUUCCUGUCCAACACCAUAUCACCACCGUCCUCCCCAGAACAUCAACGAGAUGAGUUCCUCAAGUGCCAUCAGCUAAACAUGAUGCACAUGAACAACACGCAUCAUCAGUUGAUGAACCUCCAAGGACACCAUAUGAUGUCCAAGCUUUACGGUCAGCCUAACCAUAUGGGUCACCAGAUGAUUACCCCACCAUCCUCACCACAAUUAGUGGAGCUUCUUCUUCCACAACCGCCAACAGAGCCACAGCCCAAAAAGAGAGGUCGACGAACAUGGGGCCGAAAACGCCAGACCAGUCACACCUGCACUCAUCCAGGCUGUCAGAAAACCUACACCAAGAGCUCACAUCUUAAAGCUCAUCACCGAACUCACACCGGUGAAAAACCAUAUUGCUGUACAUGGAAAGGCUGUGGCUGGAAGUUCGCCAGAUCUGAUGAACUCACACGCCAUUACCGAAAACACACCGGUGAUCGUCCCUUCCAAUGCCAUUUGUGUGAACGAGCCUUUUCCCGAAGUGAUCAUCUUUCCCUCCACAUGAAGCGUCAUAUCUGAACAGCUGAAGGAAGAAUGCUGUCUUAGGAAAUAUCCCAACUGUAACUGAUCUACUAAAACCUUGUUGUAAUAUAUUAUGAUAGGGUUAUCAGAUCGGGGCUCUUAAUGGUUUGUUAUAUGUAUCAAUUUAUAUACAAAAUAAUGCAUUUAUUUUUAUGUAUAAGAUACUCGGAUAUUCCAUACCAUAGGGUCAAUGUGCAUGCAUCUCUUUAUUUGCGAGUAGUCAUGUAGGCUGUUUAUGUCAUCGUUAAAUUCACCAUUGGUGAGAAUUUGAAUAAUUUGAUAAUAUUUUGAAUUAUUUAGAACAUGGAAUUAUGAAUUAUUUUUUCGGCUGGAUUCCGAUAUGACGGCUGGUCCGUUGGAUCAGGUGCCAAAAUUAUGCAUGCAUUAAAAGAACCCACUCUGAACUAGAGCCCAAUCAAAGCUUGAGCUAUCCCUGUCUAUGACAGGGUGCUAAGAAGCGGGUUUAUAGUGAAGAAGGGUGCCCUUUUUGUUAUUUUUUUUUUGUUUGUUUUUAAGAUUCAUCUUCCAUAUUUUGUAAUUGUAUAAUAUUAAAUGUUGUACAAUUAAAUUUUUGUAGCAAUUAUGUUAAUAUCAAACAAUCCCAAAAGUUUUGGCUUUGUGAUCAUUUUUGUCUCUUGAAAUAGUUUGAAAACGUAUUUUUUCAGCAAAAUUCAUGGUCAAGUACUAGUACUGCUUGGUAGCAGAAUCAUAUAGUUAUAUUUUGAUUACGAUACCAGCCGGUCUGGUAUUGUAUGUAUUUAAAAGCAUACCCAACAGUUAGUAGCAUAUAGCAGAUAGUUGUCGUAACACUCUUAGAGUUUGAUAUUUACAUUAAUUUAACCAAAUUUGAUACUUGAAUUCAAGUUUUGAUUUUAUUUUGACUGUUAUGUUUUUCUAUUAGAGCUCUAUUAACGUUAUACAUCCAUGAACUAAGAGAAAGUGCUAUUAGGAGUUACAUUGUUAUGCGACCAGAAUGUAGAAAGGAAUUCUUGUUUGUCCAUUAUUGGGAAUAAAAGAUGAAUUUAUAUUUUUGAAGUAUAGAUAUAUAAUUAUGUAUAUUAUUUCUGCUAUCUGUGAUCUAAGUAAUAAUCUUUGUUAAUUAGUGUUCUUAAUUAGUACUUAUUGUAUACUUAACUCUUUCUGCUUAUAUUGAAUAUACGAGUAUAUAUAAAUUAGUUAUUUUUUUGUAUAUUUUGUGUCAUGAAAAUGACUUUUGUUAUCAAAUAUGUUGUCAUUAAUUUCACCAUUUGAAAAAUCAUGUUCAUAUAUUUUAUGUAAAAUCAAAGUUCAUCCGUUUGGAACUAAAGAUCUGUCAUGGAUUUGAUUUCAUUUUGUACAUGGUGCUGUAUAUAGUUAUUUUUUAAAGAAAAAGAAAAGAAAAGAAAUUUUGUAUUUUUGUAUAAAAUGGCUAGUCACUAGAAAAUAUAUUAAUACAUCACACCUGUGCCAUAUACAUUACAUAUUAUAUUAAAAUAUAUUAUAUUAUAUAAAAUACUAUUAUAUUCGUACACAAAUUCUAUGAAAGAUGCAGUGCAUCUUAAGUUGUAAAAUUUAUAUUUCGAGUUAUGUUAGUGAACUAACAGAAAAUAAAACUGUUAUUUAUUAUAAA